AUGGCUGACAACCUUGGAGCUGUUGCGCAGCUUCUGGAAGCAAGCUUGGACCCAAGGCAAAAUAAGCAAGCCGAACUUGCUCUGCGCCAGGAAGAACAAAAGCCCGGCUAUUCCUUGCAGCUCCUUCAAAUCACGGCGUCCGGUUCCUAUCCCUACAAUACCCGUCUUGCCAGUGCACUUUGCUUCAAAAAUUUUAUCAAGCGAAACUACACAGACGAAGAUGGAAACUAUAAGCUCCAACUGGAUGAGGUGACGACCAUAAAGCAGGAACUGAUCAGCCUGAUGAUCUCGGUUCCUGCGGGCAUACAGACUCAGUUGGGAGAAGCUGUGAGUGUCAUCGCCGAUAGUGACUUCUGGGAGCGAUGGGAUACUCUAGUGGAUGAUCUCGUCUCAAGACUCCAACCGAAAAACCCUGCAGUCAACAACGGUGUCCUACAAGUUGCCCAUUCUAUCUUCAAGCGAUGGAGGCCCUUGUUCCGAUCCGAUGAUCUUUAUAGAGAGAUCAAUCAUGUUCUAGAUAAAUUCGGGAACCCUUUCUUGGCUCUCUUUGAGGGCCUCGACUUAUAUCUCGAAGAAAACAAGACCAAUAAGGACAACCUUGUCCAGGGAUUCACGCAAUUCAACUUGAUGAUCAAACUUCUGUAUGAUCUUUCUUGCCACGACCUUCCUCCGAUGUUCGAAGAGCAAAUUUCAGGGAUAGCUACUCUUCUGCUCAAGUACCUCACGUACGACAACCAGCUGCUUCAUACCGAUGAUGACACCGAGGCUGGUCAACUAGAAUUUGUGCGGGCUGGAAUCUUUGAAGUCCUCACACUCUGGGUACAAAAGUAUAUGGAUGAGUUCAAGCCUCACGUCGAACAGUUUGUUGGUAGUUCUUGGAGCUUCUUGGCUACAAUCGGCCAAGAAACAAAGUACGACAUCUUGGUCAGCAGGGCACUGCAGUUCCUGACUUCAAUUGCGGGUAUGCCUGAACAGGCCGCCUUUUUCCAAGAUGAGAACACUUUGAGCCAAGUUAUUGAAAAGGUUAUUCUGCCUAACGUGAGUCUGCGUGAGUCAGAUGAGGAGUUAUUUGAGGAUGAACCCAUUGAGUUUAUCAGACGAGACCUUGAAGGAUCAGAUAGCGAGACAAGACGACGUGCUGCCACCGAUUUCCUGAGGAAGUUGGCUGAGAAAUUCGAAAGCUCCGUAACAAAGGUUGUUCUGCAUUACACCGAAGGCCACCUUGCUCAAUACACCAGCGAUCCGGCUUCCAACUGGAAGGCUAAGGAUACCGCAACUUACCUCUUCUCUGCCAUUGCAGCAAAGGGUGUUGCUACCACUAGCCACGGAGUGACUGCAACUAAUUCGUUGGUCAGCAUCACUGAUUACCUCCAGAAACAUCUUGCUGCAGAUCUAGUGGCUGGGGAUGAUGUGAAUCCCAUUCUCAAAGUUGAUGCAAUCAAAUACUUGUAUACUUUCAGGAGCAUCAUCACUAAAGAGCAAUGGCAAGAAGUGCUUCCUUUAGUGGUCAAUCACCUGGGCUCUUCGAACUACGUGGUCUACAGUUAUGCAGCAAUUGCCGUUGAAAGAGCACUCUACCUUACAGAUAACCAGGGCCAGCCAAUCAUUGCGCCCAACACAAUUACGCCUCUGGCCAAGGAUUUAUUAGAGCACAUCUUUGCGUUGAUUCAGAAGGAUCCGGCCCCCGAGAAAGUGCAGGAGAACGAGUUCUUGAUGAAAUGUGCUAUGCGGGUACUCAUUGUUAUCAAGGAGGAUGUAGUGCCCCAUACAGACUCUGUUCUGCAAAAUUUGAUCAACAUCACCGAGGUCAUCAGCAGGAACCCGAGCAACCCAAGAUUCUACUACUUCCACUUUGAAGCUCUGGGUGCCUUUAUCAGAUUUGCUGCCCCGGCGAAUCCUGAUAAGCUUGAGCAAGCUUUAUAUCCUCCCUUCGCUGGAGUACUCAAGGUGAUGUGCAAGCUCUUUGCGGCACUUCUCGAAGCCAACCCUUCGGGAUCACUGCCAAAUUACUACCAGAAUUUGGUUGCCCCUAUCUUGAUGCCUGUCAUGUGGGAGUCGAAAGGCAAUAUCCCUGCACUCGUGCGACUCCUCUCGUCCGUCAUUGCCCGCGGUUCUCAAUAUAUCUUGGAGAAUCAACAGCUUUCGAAUGUCUUGGGUAUCUUCCAGAAACUGCUUUCCACUAAGGCGAACGAAAGUUAUGGCUUUGACUUAUUAGAGUCUGUUGUCGCCAAUUUCCCUCCAAACGCGCUGGAGCAGUACUUUAUCUCAAUUAUGCAAGUCAUUCUUACUCGCCUCCAGAAUUCGAAGACAGAAACUCUCACAGGCAGAUUUGUCCGUUUCUACCAUUUCAUUUCUGCCCACGAUGAGAAGGGCUACAGCGCCGAUUUCUUCAUUCAGGUCACAGAUAAAGUGCAGUCUGACCUGUUCACUCCGAUCUAUCUGAACAUAAUUCUCCCUGAUACGCAGAAGCUUGCUCGUCCGCUGGAUCGCAAAACUGCAGUGCUGUCAUUCACCAAGACGCUCGCUAAUUCCGAUGCGUUUGCGAGCCGGUACAAGAAGGGGUGGGGCUUUACAUGUGAGGCCUUGCUUAAGCUUCUUGAGCUUCCUCCCCUCCCAGCGAGCAAAGACGACAUCAUCGCUGAACAUGAUGUUGAAGAUAUGGCAUUCGGUGUAGGGUUCACUGCUCUGAACACCGUACGACCACAGACCAAGGACCCGUGGCCGGAGACCGGAGCCGACCUUAAGGCUUGGGUUGGCCAAUAUCUGAAGGAAGCCGACAAGAAGUAUAAUGGACGGAUCUCUGGGUUUGCACAGGAGCGUCUAAGCAACGAAGCUAAGACAGUCCUCGGCAGCUACAUCGGCUGA